GCGAGAGCCGGCUUUCAGCUCGAAGAUUCUUGUACGUUGAUAACGCGCCGCGUUCGCCGCACAGUUCGGAACUCGUGGAAGAAUUUGGAACCUCAACACGGUAGCGGUCGCUGCUGUCGCGGAGAUUCGAGAUUUUGCCGGUCCGAUUCUGUCAACAUGUCUUAAGCAACCUGUCCGUCAGUGGUCUACCGAAGCGUGCCAACUGGUCCCCUGGCCGGGCCGAUUGUUUGCGAAAUUUUCGCGAUGACGUCUAAUUAGGCACCCCUCGCCAAAUUUCCUGAGCUGAAUUGGAUGUUGGACUUCCGAAAAAAUAGAGAGAAAUCGUGGGCCAAUUUGUUGGCACCUGGGUCGAUUUUUUUGGGGGCCAGUUUCUUUUGGGUGAUUAAGGAAAUUGAGGAAAACUUUCAUCUGCAAACGAGACUACGCUGAACGGCUCCGACCGUUUUCAAAAGUUGAAGGGAGUUGACGAAACGCUAUGAAGAAUUGGGUCAGUGAGACUGCAAACUGAUGGGAAACAAACCAGUGACUUCAGAGGAAGCAGCUAACAAAACUUCCUAAAACAUUGUGACCACCGUGCCAUACCAAACAGUGAACAAGUGAAUUGAAAAAAAGAUAAUUGAUUUUUGUGUAGUGAAAUACUUUUAAAGUGAACUUGCGAAAGGAUACCAAAACCAACUUUACAAUGGAUAUGACAUCGGCGGCGGAGGCUCGAAGCUGGUAUGAUAAUCAGCGACUUGCGGCAUCGCCUGGCACUACGGCCGGCUUGGGUGGACACCAGUCGGUUGGAGCCGGGAUGGACCCGACUGAAAUGAAUCCGUUUUACCCGCUCGAAAAUGGUUCCCACCGGAGGUAUUACCCCACCAGUUAUGCACCGCACGCAUCCCGCAUGUCCAACUCGCACGUGACCUCACCGCAGGUGUGCCGACCGCACCACUUUCACGGGCCCCUCUCGUGGCUCAGCGAUCCGACGGCGACCGCGUCAACGUCUCUGACCAAACCUGCCAUCGCGUCCAGCAGCGGCGUGUCGUGGGGCAGUCCGUUCGCCUGUCCCCAGGACCCGCAGGACAAGCUUAGCCAGGCCAUGGCCAUGGGCGUCUCCGGCGGAAGUGGUCAACUGGGUGCGGCUGCGGCCGCCGGUCAGCUGCUCGGCGGAGGUAGCAGUAGUGGCUUCUCGUUUCCUCCGACCCCGCCCAAGGACUCAACGCCGGACUCGGUACAUACCGGGCCUACCGAGUACCAGGCCACGAUCAACGCCUUCAUGCAGCAUCAGGCCCAGGUGACGUCCAACAGCUUGGCGGCCCAGCAGGCGGCCGCCGUUGCCGCCCAAGAUAGCUGCAUUCUGGACGUGAAGCCGUGCUUGACGGGGAACGGGUCCCUCGGAGGGUCGGGACUUACGGGGAGUAGUCACAGUGGUGGUGGUGGGAGUGGAGGGACAGGGUCUAGUGGAAGUGUUGCCAGUGUUGGCGGUGGUGGUGCAAACGGGAGUGGUUCCAGCGGUUCCAGCAACGGACAGAACCAGCCAAAGCAGCGGGAAGGUACGACCUUGAACGGUUCUGUGAUCGGUUCUGCUAGUAGUGGUAACAACAGUGCACUGUUUGAUUCGUCCGGCCACGGGUCGUACGGUGGCCAUACGACGGGAUACGAUACGACGGCGGCCAGCUAUGGUAGCAGCUAUGGCCAUCACCAGCAAAGCGGUUCGUUUCAUCCAAACGUUUCAAGGGCGACCUCCGGUAUGACCGGAGGGGGUGGGUCGCACAUGAAGUCGGCGUCGUCGCAGAUGAUGUCGACGAGGACCAAGGCUCGGACCACUGCCGAGGGUCGCGAGUGCGUCAACUGUGGGGCCACGUCGACCCCGCUGUGGCGAAGGGACGGCACCGGCCACUACCUGUGCAAUGCCUGUGGGCUGUACUACAAGAUGAACGGCCAGAACCGGCCGCUGAUCAAGCCCAAGCGAAGACUGGUUAGCGUAAGUACACCAACGACGUUUGGUAACGAAUCUCUAGCGGUUGGAAAUUGUUUGAAGUUUGCCUAAUAAUUCUUACCUAAAUUAAAUGGAAUAUUCUCGAUCUCGUCUAUCUCGAAUUUGGUUGCUGAAGUACCGAGUUAUACUUACAAAUGUUUACGGUAGUCGAGCUCGUAUCUGUGUCAAACACGUUCUUACCUGAAAUCCCUUCGGCCAAUUGUCGCACUUACAUCAAUUUUCAGGCUGUGUCAAGAUAGCUCGACAAGAUUGAAACUUCUUGCAUAUGAAAAGUGACAAAAAUGCACGGAGCAGGGUUGUUAAAAUAUCAAAAUAUCAGCUCUCAGCAACUUAAACUAUCUUGCCUGAAUAUUCAUACCUAAAAUACAACUGCUCUUCUCUCCGUAUUGAAACUUUCAGCGCCGAACAUAGCCAAACACGUUUUCGUGUUCUCACACUCGCGAUUGACAUUUUCCUUUUCUCUCUCAUUCCCGCUUCCACGAUCAUCCUACCGCAACAGCCUUAACCACAAAAACUGCCACAAAACCAAUUUCGCAAACGCAGUUUAACGGGACGUCAUGCGUGGUCGGCUUUUAUCGCCAUCCCGCGUUCUCUCAUUGCAGUUUUCGAAGAGAUUGAGAGACUCAGCGGUGAGAGCGCAUAGUCGAGGAAAAGGGGAGGAGUGAAAGAGAGAGAAUGACAUCGCUGGGAAUCACGAGAAACAAAAAGAGAUCUCAUAAGCUAUAGUGAUGGCCGCUAUACUCUCGGAUGUUUUUGGUGCAGAAAUAAUAAAAAAAAAACGGAAUCGACGUAACACCUUAUAAUGUGGCCCUCUUAAACCUUGCGGUUUCGUUAACGGAUCCACAGGCGUGUAUCGUUCUUUUCGCGACAAGACUCCGCCUCCCGGAUCUCCUAAGUGUGAAGGUAUGGCACGGGGAGAAGGCACCGAAUACCUAUAUUAACACUUAGAGUUUUUGCGUCUGCCUCGGGAUUCGAACCGACGACCUCUGGAUUGUGAGUCCAGUGCGCGGUCCUAAUGAUCCACACAGGCAGAAAUAAUCAAUUGAUAGCUUUUCUAUCACUCAUUUGCAACACUGGCACGGAGUUUUUUCGAUUUUUAUUGAAUAUCUCAGGAUUGAAAUCGAAUUUUGGGGAUCUGUGAAGGUCAAAAGGUGAGGCAUUGUGAGUUGAACAAAUUUGGCCCAAAAUCGACGUGUGACAAGUUAGUACGACAGCGACGAUAUAAUAAACUGAGUUUCAAUCUGAUCGUGAUAUCUUGACAAGCUCUCCAAUGUGAAAAAUUACCCAAAGGAAUUUCAAUCGGAGCUGUUUUGUCACACGUGCAUGCACGUGUACUGUUUACAUUUUGGAUAAUAACUUUGGAAUUUGACAACCAAACUCAACAAAAUUUCGGGAAAACACACAUCCAUCCAUGUAAUUGCUUACAUGGAUUGUGAAUAGCAAUUCAAACAAAAGUACGUGUGACAAUAUUGCACAAUCACGACGCAAUGGUAGUUUGCAAGAAUUGCUUAAUGUGUAAGUUAUUCCAGAUAAUUGAACUCCCUCUUGUUUUACAAAGUAGUUACAUCAUAAACACAGAAAAUUACUGCUACCACCCGACAGCACACACAAACAGACUCGUGGGGAAGUGCCGGGUGCAUCCAUCCGGUAAGAUCGGCACAUAAAUUGGACGCGUCAUUCAAAUAAAAAGACGUCAGCCGCGGUCGGGUCGGCGUGUGACCUCCAGAAACGACCUACAGGAGAAGCAGAAGCAGUUACGAGGAGGAAGGGCCCACUACACACUCACAGAAAAGACCCUCGACCCGGCUCGCGCGGUCUGCCUGUAAUUAUUAUGUACUACUAUGCUAUGCUAUGCUGUUUGCCCGCCACCCGACCCCCCGGUCCUUCAACCUCCCUUGUCCAGCAGGUUCCGCGCGACCCGGCGUGGGCUUCUGGCUUUUAAGUCAAGAGAUGGAUGUAACUGAUAAGACCCAGAGAGGCCUGCACAACAACAACAACUACAGCAGCGGCAGGCAGCAGCAACAGCAGAAUAAGUACAGGAACUAACCAUCACAAAAGCAAAUUAGAAAAGUCAGGGAGAAAAACCGUUUGUUCAUUUUCCCAGAAAACUCGUUUUGUGGGGCGCCCCCCGUCUUUUGGACCUGGGCCAAGCAAACAAGAGAGGAGAGGUCCUAAAAUAGGACACAUCAUGCACAAAAACCGGGGUGCUUGUCGUCGUCGGAGCUCCAUUGUGUCUGCCCUGGACAGUGUAAUUGCUAUCAGCCCGCGUGGAAUUCGUGUACGGGUACCCAGAGCUGAAUUGUAGCUACUGCUACUGGUGAAUGGAGCAGGAUUGAGGCUGCCAGAAACACCUGCGAAAUUCGCGUGAUUUGCUUUUGCUUCAGGG